AUGGUUGAUAACAAAGUGAUAAAAAUACACAGACAAUGGCAUUCAAUCUUAGGUGAAAAAAUAUCUUUGAUUGAAUCCUACCAUUAUGUUAAGCUUAGUAAAAUUUUUCCACUUCCAAAAUUACCGGCUUCUAGAAAAUAUGAGACUGUAAUCGAAGUUCUUCCUUUCAUCCGGCAGAAAGUUAAGAUGUGGGGAGUUGAUGUUCUUAGAGCAGAAAAUAUUAAAACAUUGAUCGAGGAAGAAGAUGAGGAGUUUUUUGAUGUAGAAUCAAUGGACGAGGACCAGGAUUUUCGGCAAUAUAAAAAUAAAUUGUCUCGAUUCGAUUGCAUUGCUAGUUUGUUUGCCUCUUCUGAAA